CGUUGCGGAUUGCAGUUCAAACGAGCCACGAACGAGAACGGGUCGGGCUAAAAUUCGUUCUUACGCCAUACAAAAAAAAACUUUUUUUUGUGUGAAUUAGAAGCAGUAGAGCCAAAAGAAGAGGAAAAGCAGACCUACAGUGAAACGUUUAAACUGUUACAAGUUAUUUGACGCAGGAAAAGGAGCUAGAUUUCUUAGAAAUACUUAGAAACCCGAGGUUCCGUUUUUCCGCAGUGAAAAAAGUGUGUGUGCGCGAGAAGAAAAUUGUGCGAUUGAAGAACAUUGAAUCCGUCGAGGAAAUUGACUCGAAAAUCCUUCAGAAGUAGUAUUCCAACCGUGCGUACGAGUGAGCGAAAUAAAAAUCUGCCUUUGGAUUUUCCUUUAGUUUGGGGAAAAAAUAUACUCUUUUCGGAUGGCUUUUUUCGUGCCUCAUCAGCUUGUACCAGCAAAUGGAUAUAUUUUCCGCCACUGCUCCUGCUUAUUUCUGCAGCCAUAAUUUUGUGAAGGAACCAAUUCGAUAGAGAAAAGAAGAAAUUUUUGGAUUUCCUAGCUGCUGCUGCUGCCUGCCUGCUUUUUACUAUUUGUAGAUAUUCAAUGCCGUUCUGAGAUCUAAAGGAAAAGUAGAAUAUUUCGCAAUGUGCAUAGUCAUUCGCCGAGGAAUCAUUUGAGAAGUGUGCGGAAAAGUUAUAGUUUAUUGGAAAUCGAUUUCGGAAACACUCAUCAGUGUUCAUAGGAAAAAGUGCGUUGCUUUUUCCGAAGCAGUGGCGAAUAAGGAAGAGUUGUCCUGAAAAGGUGAAAUUUGAUUUCUGUGUCCAUUAGUGAUUUUCGAAAUCGAGCCAGUGCAGAAGUGAAUCAUUCCGAAUACUGUGUGUUCCACGCCUAAAAACCUUCGCCAAUCAAUAGCAUAGACUUCGGGUCCAGUUUUUUCAUCAUCAUCAUCAACGGAGUACGGAGCGAAGCCAAACUCAACGAUUUUUCGUGCAACGGAAGGAUAGAUGCGUCAUUUUCAACAUGGCGCCUUGUGUAUUACUGUGAUCUGUGGAACGAGAUUCAUGAGCCUCAUGCCAUCGUUGACGUUGACCACGCCAUGAGUGGCUUCCGUCGAGGGGGCCAAAUCUAGUUGAGGAUGUUGUUUUGUAGCUCUGUGAUUUUAUCACACCCUUAUUCUUUCCCAUUGGUUUACGAGUUAGUUUGAGAACAUGUGAUUUUGUAAUAGGUUUUUCGGUGAGAGGAUUUGUGCACUAAAAACUGUUUCGUGCGGUGAUGUUGAAGCUAGUGCGAGGAAAAGCAAGAUUGAUUCACUUGAAAACUAUUGUCAAAGUGAGAGUAAAGUAAACAGAGGGAUCUCGUUCUGCGGUUGUUUUGUAGUUGCGUGUGUGUGCGAGUGUUCAAACGCCACCGUUCGAUGUCCGAUUGCUCGCGCUAGAGGAAGAGGAAAAAACGCGGGCGGUCAUGAAAAAUUUUGCAUCAGAACGGAUUGUGUUGAGCUUUAGCUGCGACAGUGUUGCCGCCGCGACCGAAUUUGCUGCGUCUGUGAACUUUGUUUGUGUCACAGUCGUCAACGAAAGUGCAUUUGAAGAACCGAUGGAAAAUGUUUGAUUUUUCGUUUCAACAGGACGGCCCACCGUCCAAACUAGUUCCUGGGGCCCGAGUGAAUCCCUGGCCGCACCCAGUGCGUGCCCGCAUCGUGCCCCCUUAACGCAUCAUUGUUAGCAGGCCUUGGAAAUCUGAGGCUCUCAUUGUUGGCCAUAUAGACAAUGAACGAAGAUCUCGAUUCGAUAUCUGAGGAAGAACGUAGCUUGUUCCGUCCUUUCACCCGUGAAUCAUUACAAGUCAUUGAAGCACGCAUCGCAGAUGAAGAAGCCAAACAGCGCGAAUUGGAAAAGAAGCGAGCCGAGGGGGAGACUGGUUUUGGUCGGAAGAAAAAGAAAAAAGAAAUUCGCUACGACGAUGAAGACGAGGAUGAAGGUCCCCAGCCGGAUUCCACACUCGAGCAGGGAGUGCCACUUCCUGUUCGACUGCAGGGUGGCUUCCCUCCGGAAUUGGCCUCCACGCCUCUCGAGGAUAUUGACCCCUUUUACUCGAACCAGAGGACAUUCGUAGUAGUUAGCAAAGGAAAGGACAUUUAUCGUUUCUCCGCCACCAAUGCAUUAUAUGUACUCGAUCCGUUCAAUCCUUUACGUCGUGUAGCUAUUUAUAUUUUAGUGCAUCCACUGUUUUCACUUUUUAUAAUCACAACCAUCCUUACUAAUUGUAUAUUGAUGAUCAUGCCUGCUUCGCCGACAGUCGAAUCUACCGAGGUGAUAUUCACCGGCAUCUACACGUUCGAAUCAGCUGUAAAAGUGAUGGCGCGAGGUUUCAUAUUACAACCGUUUACUUAUCUUAGAGAUGCAUGGAAUUGGUUGGACUUCGUAGUAAUAGCAUUAGCAUAUGUAACUAUGGGUAUAGAUUUGGGUAAUCUCGCUGCAUUGAGAACAUUCAGGGUACUACGAGCUCUCAAAACAGUGGCCAUCGUUCCAGGUCUCAAGACCAUCGUCGGCGCUGUCAUAGAGUCCGUAAAGAAUCUCAGAGAUGUGAUAAUUUUAACAAUGUUUUCGUUAUCGGUGUUUGCUUUAAUGGGACUGCAGAUCUACAUGGGUGUGCUGACGCAGAAGUGCAUCAAGGAGUUUCCGCUCGACGGCUCGUGGGGCAACCUGACGGAGGAGAACUGGAACCGGCACCAUCAAAACGAGACCAACUGGUUCUGGUCGGAGGCUGGCGACACGCCUCUUUGUGGGAAUUCGUCAGGUGCUGGGCAAUGUGAGGAAGGAUAUAUAUGUUUACAAGGUUUUGGAGAUAAUCCAAAUUACGGGUAUACAAGUUUUGAUACUUUCGGAUGGGCAUUCUUAUCUGCCUUUCGUCUAAUGACCCAAGAUUAUUGGGAGAAUUUAUAUCAACUGGUGUUACGAUCAGCUGGACCGUGGCACAUGCUCUUCUUCAUUGUGAUUAUCUUCUUGGGUUCGUUUUACCUUGUAAAUUUGAUCUUGGCCAUUGUCGCCAUGUCGUACGACGAACUCCAGAAGAAGGCCGAAGAGGAAGAGGCCGCCGAGGAAGAAGCGCUUCGGGAAGCGGAAGAAGCGGCUGCAGCGAAACAGGCCAAACUAGAAGCCCACGCAGCGGCGGCAGCUGCGGCCGCGAACCCGGAGAUCGCCAAAAGCCCAUCGGACUUUUCCUGCCAUAGUUACGAGCUGUUCGUUGGCCAGGAGAAGAGCAACGACGACAACAACAAGGAGAAGAUGUCGAUCCGGAGCGAAGGAUUGGAGUCGGUGAGCGAAAUCACAAGAACAACCGCACCAACAGCUACUGCAGCUGGCACUGCAAAAGCCCGUAAAGUGAGCGCGGGGGUCACAACAUUGCAGAAGGUAGGUGUGCUACAUACAUACAUUCAACUGCAUUUACUCAUCUAUAUCGUAUUUAAGUAUCUCUGUUCACAUUUAACUUAAAAAUUUAUUACUAUUUACUAGUGUAAUUAUAACUCGUCCAACAAUUAUCAUUGAGUGACUGUCAUAACUGAUCCUAAUAAUAAUACAACACCCACGCGAUGUGCGUGUAUUUUGGUUAUCGAAGAAUUAGGUACACCGUGGACAGUUUGGCAAAGACGGUGUUCCGCUUAAUUAUUUUCUAAAAACUAUAAGGAAACAUUGCCUGAUGACGCAUUUAAUGAAAAUAAUUUCAACAGGCUUCUCUGCAUUCAAACACAUUUUUUCGUGCAGCGGCGGAAUCAAAGCUUUUAUAAGUACAUGCAAACAAGCUAUCUGAACUAGUGCCGAUCUCCAUCACGGUACUGACAAAUGAGAAUAAACCUGUUCGCAAUCAGAACAGAGUAUUAAGUUACGGUUCUCACUCAAAUGAAUAGAAAGAUGGUUCUCCCACCGGUUUCACUCAUUAGAAUCAUCAUUGAGAGGAAUUGAAAGUGACUGUCAUUUUAUUAACAGUAAUAAUACCGGUAACAUUCAUUACUAACAAUGAACUAGAAACAUAACAAAGCUGCCUUUCAGUGGCGUAGUAAGAAAAAUUUUCGGGAGGGGGGAUAUCAAUAUUUUUUUAUAUAUACAGUAUAUGUAUGUAUGUAUAUACGUUUUUCUACUUCUCUGCCGAUUUCCUACGUUAAGUAUGUGCAGAUUUGUACUGCUUAAGUAUUCCAUCAAUUCGGUGUCUCUCAAAUUGAUAUAUCAGCUGCCCCAAAUUAUGUGAUAGGCAUUUGCAUCACCACCGAUUAUGAGUGGAAACCUAUUUCUGCCACAGUAUGAUACAACCCUUUUGAAAUCAUCAGAAGGGGAUGGUUCAUUAUGUGACAAAAAUGCUGAACAAUGGACGUAUUUCUUGUUUGUGUCAUCAACAGUCAUAUUGACCGCGACAGCACAAAUAACGCGAGUUGUGUGGUCGGAUAUAAGAUAUACGUCUAUAGCACUAUUCGCUAGUAUACAUGCACGAGGCAUUUCACGUGGAUUUGCCAUGCCAUUUUUGUUAGAGUCUACGAAGACGGGGUUAAGUAGCUUUCCACAAUAGAAGGUCCUUUAUGGAAAGACGGCUCUUGAACCAAAGCUGUGGAAGCUUUUUCCUCCUGCACAAGACGUGAUAGAUAGUUGGAACUAAAUUUAUUUGAUUGAGAACCAUAACACAAUGAGUGUAUCCAUCAUAUUGAUUACUGUCUAUCUUUUCUUCACUUAUCAAUUAUGAUAGAUUUGCCAUCAACGCUGUGAUAGAGCUCUG